AUGAAGGUGGUAAACGUGAGGAAAAGAAAAAAAAUAACCAACAUGCAUUCCGUAAUUCUGCUAGUGUUGUCCUUUUUUUUGUCUUUCGGAAGAGGAAUGGAUUAUUACAAAAGGCUGGGGAUUAAAAGGAAUGCCAGCAAGGAGGACAUCUCAAAGGCAUAUAGGAAACUAGCCAAGGAGUAUCACCCGGAUGUGGCUCCAGAUAAAGAAAAAGACUUCAUAGAAAUAGCUAAUGCGUAUGAGACUCUGUCAGAUCCGGAGAAGAGGAAAAUGUAUGACAUGUAUGGCGAGAAUUACGCAGAUGGAGCAGCCGCCGGAGGUGGAGGAGCAUCACCAGGAGGAUUUGGAAGUGGCUUCCAUUUUGAUCAGGAUGUUGUAAAUGAAAUAUUUAGACAGUUCGCAGGAGGAGGAAGAGGUGCAGGAGGUGGUCGUGCGGGAAAUUUCCACUUCAAGUUUACCUCCUCAAGUGGUGGAGGUGCCGGAGGAGGAUUCCCCAAUUUUGGUCAUCAGUUUGAGGAUGAAUAUGAAGACAUAUACAAAAAUGAGGUGUUAAAAAUAAACUCGCAAAACUACGAAAAGGUAAUAAACGACGUCACUUACUCCCUGGUAAUAAAUUUCUAUUCUCCAGCAUGUUCCCACUGUAAAUCUUUCAAAAAGAAGUUUUUAAAAUUUUCCAAAAAGUAUGAUGGGUACUUAACCUUUUCUGUGGUUAACUGUCAAGAGGAAAAAAGCAUUUGCCGGAAAUAUAAUGUGAAGUCUCUUCCGCAUAUCAUUUUGUUAAAAAAAAAUAAAACGUUUGAAACGUUUUAUGGAAACAGAACGGAGGAGAAUUUAAUCAGCUUUAUUGAGCAGAACAUACCAUAUUUGUAUACCGAUAUUACUAGCCAGAGGAAACUGGACUCCUUUUUAGUGAAGAAUGUAGAAACGCCUAAGGUGAUUUUCUUCAUCUCGUACAAUGACGACAUAGUGAUGUUGAAGGCACUCUCCAUCGAGUUUGAAAAAAGAAUAGACAUAGGGGUGAUUUACAGUUCCAAUUAUAAUGUGAUGCAACUUUUCAGCAAAAGAAAUGUGAGGCCACCCUCCAUUCUGCUUGUCGAAGAUAUCGAUAGUCUCUCCGGGGACUUAACCUUUUUGAAAAAUUUCGAUUUCAACAUGUUGUCGCUUAAGUUGAGUCACAUCGUCGCGCAAAAUCGGCUGAAAAAUAAUCUGUAUGGACAUGUGACUUCCUACCAGGAGUUAACUAAGAAAAAAUUUGAAUCAGGUCAGUGUCACGAGAAAGACUCGCAGAUCUGCUUCCUCAUUUUGAAGCUGCUAAAACAGAGUUACCACAAAUUCGAUCAGGAUAUCAAGAAUGUGGCGGGCAAGUUCUCCAAAGAUCCGCUGAAAAUCAUGUACGUGAAUGUGUUUGAGCAGCCCUACAUUUUGGACUCCUUCGGGCUAGUCAAUGAAUGCAAGCAUCCCAAUUGCCUCUUCCUCGUCGCCUUCAGGCCGAAGCGGCAGAAGUUCCGCUUGCACGACGGCGAGGUCAACGUGCAGAGCGUGCACAAGUUCGUGGAGGACGUGGUCAGCGGUGGGCUUCCCAUCAACCAAGCCGUCAAACGCGGGCUCCGCUUCGUCAGCGCGCCGCACUACGCGGACGAGCUCUGA